AUGAGAAAAAGAUCCAAGGAUAAGAAUUCGAACAACCAAAAAGAGUUGUUAACGGAUAUCAACACAGACAAAGUUGAUAUUGGUAUUCAAACUGAUGAAUUGAGCGACAAUCAACAAUUUUCUUCAUCUUCUACUGAAAAAGUAUCUACAACUGAUUUACAGACAUCAAACAGAAGUACUGAAACAAAUACAAUCACUACUAAACAAAAACCUGGCUUGUCUGUUGAAAUACCAUUUUAUCGAUUGACAAAGUCACAGAAAUAUUGUGGUGUUUGUGAUGCUGUUUUCGAUGUAAAACGAAAUCGAUCCAUUGAAAUUAAUUCUUCUAUACGUUUAUAUACAUUAUUGGAACAUGAUAUUUAUAUCGAGAACAAAACUCGAUGUUGUUCAAAGCACGUAUCUAAUGACUCCUUAAAAGUGGAAUCGAUUGAAAGUAUUAAACAAAAUAAAGCAAGGCAUUGUACGAUUCAUCGGGAAGAAUUGAUCGACAUAUUCAACGAUAUGAAAAACGAACUCAGAAAAAACUGUUCAAAAAUUAAUGAAUUGGUUAAGAAUCCACCAUUAAAUUUCGACGAUGCAAAAGUAUGUUUACCGGAAAAAGCUUAUCAAGUACUAAUGGGAAUCACUCGCGACCAGUUUGAUGAUCUUUGUUCUCAUAUACCACGAUCUAAACUGCGAACUUCUGACCUAAGAACAUCACGUACUGCCAUAGCUAUGCUUCUUGUUAAAUUGAGACUAGGUAUCAGUCAUGAAACUUUGUGCACUUUAUUCGGACUUGAAAACAAACGCCAAGUAAGCAGGAUACUUGACAGUGCCAAUAUCGCACUCAAACAACAUUUCGUACCCAAAUAUCUUGGGUUCAAUCAUAUUACACGAGAGGAAAUUCUCAAAGAACACACACGCCCAUUGGCUCAACAGCUGUUAGCAAACAAUGAUCCUAACAAAGCAAUAAUCAUACUUGAUGGUACAUACGUUUACAUACAAAAGUCCGCUAAUAACUUGCUCCAGAGAAGAACUUACAGUCUGCAUAAAGGUAAACCGCUUGUCAAACCUAUGAUGGUUGUCUCAACCGAUGGUUAUAUUAUUUCUGCUAUGGGGCCAUAUCUAGCAGACGGAAAAAAUAAUGAUGCUGAAAUAACAAAAAAUAUAAUCUACAAUAACAAAGAAGGAAUGGUGGAUUGGUUGGCUGCAAAUGACGUACUUGUUGUCGACAGGGGCUUUCGGGACGUUUUGGAAGAUCUUGAAAAGUUUGGAUAUACUACUAAAAUGCCAUCUUUUCUACGAAAAGGUGAUAAACAAUUUACAACGAUUCAAGCAAACGAAACCCGAUUAAUAACAAAGAUUCGUUGGGUAAUUGAAUCAGCAAACGGAAGAGUAAAACAGUGGCGAUUUUUUGACCACGUUGUACCGAAUACUAUGAUUGAAAAAAUUGGUGAUUAUUUUCGCAUAGUUUGUGCUAUAAUAAAUCGCUAUCGACCAGUAUUCGUGAAAGAUAUUAGUAAAGACCAAGAGCUUGGUGAAAAAAUUUUAAAAUUACUGUAUGAAACCAACAAAAUCAAAACAUUUGUUCAAAAUAUUAAAAGUAAUACUGAAAAGAAGUUAAAAUGGAUAUCCAUGAAUGUGACAAAUUCAACACCGAAUUUUCCACGAAUGAAUUUUAAUGAACUACAAGAACUAACUCUUGGAGUCUAUCAAUUAAAACAAGCUCGUGCUUAUAUUGCCGAGCAUAUGUCUACCGACGGAGCUUACUCGGUUAAAAUAACUAAUCAAAGAAGUGAUCUUUUGAGAGCUCAAGUUCAAUCAAGACACAAAGCUAAUGUCAAAUAUGACGUCUAUAUUCAAUACGAUUCAAAGAAUAUUACUGGCUGGUAUUGUACUUGUCCAAAUGGAAGUAGAGUAGUAGGCUGCUGUGCACAUAUAGCAUCUAUUAUUUACUAUCUUUCAUUUGGAAGAUAUAAUCCAAAAGAAUUACAACCACGAUCAUCAAUAUAUUAUACAUCAAUAAUCGAUGCCCAAGAAUAUUCAGAAAUCUCUGAUGUCGACUCAGAUGUCAGUGAUGAAGAUUCUAAUACAUUAUACACCUUAAUUUAA